CAAUAUAAAACGCUAUUUGUGAAAUAGAACAAUUCGUGUUUUGCUAAAAUGUAUUACUUACAAGCUUGUGUGUUGCUGAUACUUCCUUGUAACCUUUUGGCCGAUUCCUCCAGUUCUUCAAAUGAAACAGUUCAGGCUUUUAUUGAUAUGGUUCUGAAUAACAUUACGGCAGGUAGCAAUUACGUUUUACCUCUCAACAACUCAAAGCUGGCUUACGUUUCUCCCUCGCAAGAGGAUAUAAUAGACGAUUUUGGGACCUUCGACUUUAUCAUAGUCGGCGCUGGUUCAGCGGGCAGCCUGUUGGCCAAUAGAUUGACCGAGGUCGAAGAAUGGAACGUUCUUUUGCUAGAGGCUGGAGGUCUACAAAAUGACUUCAGUGACAUUCCAGGAAUGACUGCAGAACUUUAUUCAACUGACAUGAAUUGGGGAUAUUUCAGUACACCACAAACACGGGCAUGCAAAGGGAUGAAUCAAAGCAUGUGCGUCUGUCCCAGAGGUAAAGUUGUAGGAGGUAGUAGCACCAUCAACGGGAAAAUGUACGUCAGAGGUAACAAAGCCGAUUACGAUGCAUGGCAAGAAAUGGGCAAUACUGGUUGGUCCUACAACGAUGUUUUACCUUACUUUAUAAAAACAGAAAAUUCCCACAUCUAUAAUAAGGAAUCGGACUACCAUGGCAGUGAAGGUAUGUUAGAUGUCAACUACGUAGAUCCAACUAUAUUUACUUCGGUGUUCUUAAGCGGAAAGGAAGAAUUGGGCGACGAAGUUAUUGACUACAAUGGCAAAAGUCAAAUAGGAGUCUCACGAGUUCAGUUCACCAUAAACGGCAAUAAGGCAGUCGGCAGUGGACGAGCUUUCAUAGACCCGUUUUUAAACAGAACAAACCUUAACGUUACCGUAAACGCUUUUGUUACUAGAUUAUUAAUAGACAACGAUACAAAAACAGUACUUGGUGUCGAGUUCAUAAAAGAUGGGAGUAAGUACGAAGCCACAGCUAGAAAUGAAGUUAUACUUUCUGCUGGUGCUAUAAACACCCCGCAAAUAUUAAUGUUAUCUGGAAUAGGCCCCAAUGAAGAACUAGAUAAAAUUGGAGUGGAGACUUUGGUUGACUUACCAGUUGGAAGGGCCUUGCAAGAGCAUCCAGCUUUCAUUGGUAUAAACAUCAGAACCAACCAAACUCUGUUUAAUGAAUCGAUAGAAACAUUUUUACAAAAUUACUUAAACAACCAGAGACCUUAUACAGCUCCUUAUAAUGAAGACGUCUUAGCGUUCAUGAACGUAAACGAUAACGAGAGCUCAGUACCAAACAUACAGCAAAUUCUAGUUUCACCCCCAGGAUCCACUCCAAAUGGAUGGAGAACACUGAAUUUUAAUAAGCAAAUCUUAGAUCAAUUUGCAGAGUUAUCAAGUCCUUACACCGACAUUAAUAUAUGGUUGGUGCUGUUGAACCCAAAAUCCGAAGGAAGCCUCACAUUAAAAUCCAACAGUUUCCUUGAUUUCCCCAAGAUUGAUUACAACUUCUACGCUGAGGAAGAAGACGUAGAAACCAUGCUCGCAGCUAUAACAGAGACUCUAAAACUACUAGAAACUGACACUUUUAAAUCAGUCGACGGUAAAUACGCACCUACUACUACAGUUUGCGCAAAUUAUACUGAGGGUGCUGACGAGUACUGGCGAUGUAUGAUCGAACAACUAACGACGUCUGUCUAUCAUCUUGUUGGAACUACGAGAAUGGGUACAUCGAGCAAUGAUUCCGUGGUAAGCCCUACACUGUUUGUGCAUGGCAUGAAUAGUUUGAGGGUAGUAGAUGCCGGGGUUAUGCCUAAAAUACCUUCUGGAAAUAUCAAUGCUCCUACUUAUAUGAUUGCGGAAAAAGCUGCAGAUGAAAUUAAAAAUUACUGGAUUCAAUAAUAACAUAUUACGUUUUUGAAUUAUAUUAUUUUUAUGAUUUUACUGUAAAGACAAAACAAAGUUUAGAUUAUUUGGACUACCAACGGAUGUUUUUAGCACAAUUCUUUCUAAUAUAUUUUAUUGCUUUUAUGUUUGUGAGAUAUCUUCCUCUACUCGCACUUAUUUUAGAAGGUACCUGGAAAAAAUUACUAUGAUUAUCUC